ACGUGCACACGCUAAGCCAAAUGUGGACAUGCCAAACAGAGACGAACACAAAUCAAAACAAAGCAUGCAAACACAAAGAGAUCCAGCGAAUGAAGACGACAGAGAGAAUAGCACAGUCCCAUCUGUCAGACAAAUGUGAGGAUGCUUCUCACACGCACACAAACACACACACACACACACACACACACGCAGCAGGCAUCAUUUAGUCUGAACUUGAGCGAUAUCUGCCUUUGUCCUUUAGCAGUUGGUCCUGAGGGGCCGCUGUAGAAGUUGCAUGAAAGUUUGUUUAGAGCUGAGCAAGUGUGUUAAGCUUUAUGAGAGCCCACGGGAGACGUGGUGGCACACACACACACACACACAUGCAUCUACUCACACACACACUCAGGCACGAGGCUUGGGCGGCAGCUCGCGCUGGCCCCAACCAACAGUGAGGAGUUUGUUGUCAUAGCAACAGUAAAAUGAGAUGACUUUACUGUCAGCCGUAAUGUUUCAUGGCCCCCUUGCCGCUAUGGCAACAUAACAAGGAGGAGGAAGAGGAGAUGGAGAGAAAGAGAGCAUCAGAGCCAUCUCCGCAUUCCAGCGGACUCCUACCAGGAGCGAUGUCACUACGAUGCCCUUACUUCCUUCCUACGACGAACACACACACGUGACAAGCCUGUCAAACACACGCAUAAACACACUCGUACAAAGAGACGCACACACACCUUGAAAAGCCUGUCAAAGCCCCCUUUUCCACCUCGCCCAUCCCUUUGAUUACGCGCUCACUAUUUUCAGCUACGGCGUUCUCGUCGCCAGGGCAAUUUGAAUUCAUUACGCUCAAUGUCAAUAUUGGUGCAACAACGGCGUGCCUCAGACAGGUACAGCUUGUUGAAUGAGCGUGCUGUGCUGUCAGAAAGUGUGAGGAGUGAAAAGAGAGGAGAAGAAGCGGAGAGGGGAGAUCAAAGACGUGCAGCUCCGCCGAGCGUUUCCUCACGUCGCGGAGAGAUUCGGAAGGAGCAGCGGGGAGUGAGCCCUGGGCUGGAUGGGACCCACCAUGCCCCCCAGUAAAAAGGCCCAGAGCCCCAGUAGUGGAGCCAGUGCCUCGCAGGGCAUGAGCCCGCCGUAUCGGCAGGGGGACGCCGCCACAGCCGCCUCCGAGGCCGAGGCGGCCGACCUCUCCCUGUCCCUAUCCGCCUCCUUCUCCAAGGCCGAGGACGAGGAGCUCACCAGCCUCUCCUGGCUCCACGAGAGCACCGACCUACUCAACAGCUUCAGCCACUCGGGGCUGCGUAGCGUCUCCCCCCUGCAGGACCCCGACGGCCAGCACCCCCGCUCGCCCUCCUCCUCGUCACCCUCUCCGGACGACCCCCUGCUCGGCGACGCACACUCGGCGUACGACUUGGCGGCAGGGGCCAACCGGAAACCACCGUACUCCUUCAGCUGCCUGAUCUUCAUGGCCAUCGAGGACGCGCCAAACAAGCGGCUGCCCGUGAAGGAUAUCUACGGCUGGAUCCUGGAGCACUUCCCUUACUUUGCAAGCGCCCCCACCGGCUGGAAGAACUCAGUGCGCCACAAUCUGUCGCUCAACAAGUGCUUCAAGAAGGUGGAUAAAGACCGGAGCCAGAGCAUAGGCAAAGGCUCUCUGUGGUCCAUAGAUCCGGAGUAUAGGCACAACCUGAUCCAGGCGCUGAAGAAGACGCCGUACCAUCCCUACUCGCCCGGCCUGGCCACCCCCUCCACCUCCCCACCCACCCUGACUCAGACAUUUCACCACAGUCCUCCAUUGUGGUCGGGGAGUCCCCUCUUCAGAAAGAACGGAGGAGUCCUCCUACAAGUUCCCCGUGGUGUGAUCCAAAAUGGUGCCCGUGUCAGGAGCCAGGCGCUCUUCCCUGUGAUAAGACCCCUACCUGUAAGCCCUGUGGGGAGCAGAACCUCGGCCAUACGAUCAUCCCUGGGAGAUUAUCUAAGCCGAGGACAGGACAGCCCAUCCCGCUACUCCCCUCCGCUCUGCAGCGAGGACCUCCAGGACGACCACACCUACAGCACCGCCAAGUCCCCCAGUAGGCUGUGCUCCUCCGAGGACGGCACCCCUUCCUCCCCGCUGGACGACGACGACGACAUCAUCGCAGUGGAGAUCCAGUCGGACGUCAAACCGGAGCCCAGGGAGAUCCCGCUGGAUUCUCACAUCGCCGCCACCUACAUUUCCCAGCAGCCCCCGCGCGGACAGAGACGUAGCUCGGGGGGGCCUGGAGCCGGGACUCUGGCAGGGAGCAGCCUGCCCUGGACCAAAAACCGAGCGCGGGGCAUUAGCGACACGCUGCCGCUGAAGAAGCGGCGCGCGGCGGCGGUGGAGAAGCCGCCGGAGAGCGACGACGAGGAGAUGAAGGAGGCGGCGGGGUCGCUGCUCCACCUGGCGGGGGUCAGAGCCUGCCUCAACAACAUCACAAACCGCACCGCCAAGGGCCAGAAGGAGCAGAAAGAGGCCCUGAGAAACUAAGACACACAAGUAGAACAUAGUCACACACAUACACAGACGGUAUACAGCUCAAAGCACGCACACACACACAUACACAAAUAGGUCAACAGGUAACGUUACUACAGCAUUAGUCUCAACGGACACUUCUCAUCUCCCUCUAUCUAUCUGCAGGGCAUUAGGUGAAUCCUACUUAUUUGUGGCAAUAUCAAAAAUCUAUGUUUUCCUACAUGUUCAGCAACACUAACAUCAAUGGGUAUUUCUCAUGUGUCUUUGUUGUUUUUGUUGUUUAAAAAGGGGAUGAAAGCCAUAAAAAAAAACGCAUGUUUUGUCACUAAUUUGGACAAAGUUGAACACGACAAAACCGAAUCACAUUGAGGAAGCGUACAGUACAUAAGCGCAGAAGAUGGCUGUUUGUCUUACCUGUUUGUUUCUAUGUGAAUCUGUAGCAAUCUCGCAGCGAUGCCGGCGAAGAACGGCGGAGCCUAUUUUAACAAGACUUAGAGCUCUCUGGGCCGCUCGCUGGCGUCACUCUCCUACAUCCACGAGCACAAAUGUGAGACUGUGCCAAAGAUAAGCGACCAGGUUGCUUCAUGUAGCGACAGCUGACAAAAAAAAAAAAAGAAGAAGGCAUAGUAGAGCUUAGGGAGAAUAAAGCGUCAAAAUAAUUGUAAAACCCAAUGUGAUAUAUAUUCAUGCACUUAAGAUUAUUUAACACCACUUAUAAUAGAAGCAUCAUGGGUAAAGACAUGGUUUAUUUCAAGAGCACUCAUAGUAUUUAAGAAUAGAUAUUUUAAAAUGAAAAAAAAAAAAUGGUCAUGUUUAUCACCAUAGAGAUGGAUAGUGUGCCGGGUCUGAGGCAAUAUCUCCUUCAUUUUGUUGUUGUUGUUGCAUAAUGUAAACGUCCCUUAAACCUCCCCCAGUACUUCUGUCCAUAGGCGUAGACACCUGGUAUAGUUACCGUAGCUACCAGUAGCUACCACACCUUCCUAUUCAUUUCAAAGAACUAUAUACAUGAACUGUGGGUUUAGAUUUCCGUUUGUGUCUGUUUACCCUCACUCUACCCUCAUAAAGAUAUAAGCAAUUUGUCCCGCGCGGGCAACUCUGUAAAAAGGUUAGAAAAUAUUUUAUUUUUUUCCUUUCUUAAUUGAAGCAAUUUGACCUGCAGGACUUUCUCAGUUAUAUUGCAUGGGUGCUUGUAAAUAAGAUAAAAAGCAAAUCUUUUUUAUUCAAAGAUCAUGUAAGAUAAACGAUGUAUUUAGCAUGAAGCAUGACUUAUUUUCAUAUAAACCUUGAUCCUAGAGGAAAGAAAAAAA